AUGGCAGCCUUUUGGUCGGCGGCGACGCUGGCGCUGCUGUGCGCCGCGCGCGCGGCGCGGCCGACGCAGCCGCCGCUCGGCGCGUCCGACGCAGCUCAACGCGUGCGCGCGUCCAUCGCGUCGGCCUUCGCGCGCUACCGCGCCGAGGCCUGGGGCGCCGACGUCCUCGCGCCGCUGUCGCAGAGCGGGCGCGACCGCUACGCGUCCGGGACGCUGGGCGUGACGCUCGUCGCGUCGCUCGACGCGCUCUGGGCCGCGCGCCUCGACGACGACCUCGAGGCGGCCGCGGCGUGGGUCGCGGCCGAGUCGGCCCGGCCCGGCGGCUUCGGCUCGUACGACGCGCGCGUCGACGUCGGCGAGGCGAGCGGCCGCGUGCUCGGCGGCCUGCUCAGCGCCUUCGCCGCGACGGGCGACGUGCGCCUCCUGCGGGCGGCGCGCCAGCUCGGCGACCGGCUCCUGCCCGCGUGGGCGGCGUCCGGCGGCGGCGCGCCCGUCGGCCGGCUCUGGAGCGCGAAACUCGGCGUCGCGGCCCCGCCGGGCGACCUCGGCGUCGGGACGACGCUCGACGCCGUCGCGGGCCUCGCGGAGCUGCGCGAGCUCGCGCGCGUGACCGGCGGCCGGCGCUUCCGGGACGCGGCGGACGACCACCUCGCCGCGGUCCUCGGCUUCCGGGGCCGGCUCCGGGGCGACGCGCUGGCGUCGGACCGCGUCUCCGUGACCGCCGGGUCCUUCCUCGCGGCGAACCUGACCCUCGUGGCCCCGGGCCGGGGCCCCGAGGAGGCGCUCGCGGCCGUCGCGGCGGCCGGCCCGCCGGGCGACGCCGCGGCCGCGCGCGCCGAGGCCGCGUGGCUCCGGGCCGCGGACGCCUACGCGGCGCACCUCGUCCAGGGCGUCGACGGCGCGCUCUUCCUCGGCGACCUCGUCGCCAACGAGACGCUGACGACCGACUUCGACGGGCGGGGCUGCGCGUUCCCGGGGCUCCUCGCGCGGACGCCGCGGCGCUGGCCCGUGUCGCGGCCCCUCGCGGACGCGCUGAUCGAGACCUGCGUCCGGGCGGCGACGGACAUGCCGUCGGGCGUCGCGCCGGCGCGGAGCGGCUGGCGCGACGACCGCCUCGGCGCGGCGAGCCGCGCGGACCGCGGCGGCGACCUCGCGCACGCCGCGGCGACGGCGAAGUCGCUCUUCUUCCUGCGGCGCGCGACGGGCGACGCGGCCUACGCGGCCCGGGCCUGGGACCUCUUCGCGCACUUCGAGAAGGGCGCGGCGACGCGGGGCGCCUUCGCGGCCCUGGGCGACGCGGAGGCCGACCCCGCGGCCGAGUCGCCGCGGCGCCUCGUCGACGACAUGCCGCCGUCGGUCAUCGCCGAGACGCUCAAGUUCCUCUACCUCACCUUCCUCGAGAACGAGACCGGCGCGACCCACUGGCCCGCCGGCGACGCGUUCGCGGUGACGCCCCGGGGCCACGCGCUGCCCGUCGCGUCCGGGCCGAGCCUCCCGCCGACGGACGACGACGCCGCGGGCGCCGCGCUCCGGGUCGGCCGCGUCGGCACCCUGACGAUCCCCGACGACGUCGACGCCGCCGACGCCAUCGAGACCUUCGCGGCGGCCGCGCGCGACGCGGGCCACGACGUCUUCCGGGCGAAGGAGAUGGCCCGGGCCUACGCGCUCGUCGCUCCGGGCCGCGCGCCGGGCCGGCCGCUCGCCGAGCCCGUGACCGUGGAGGGCGUCCUCGAGGAGAACGUGACGAUCCACGCCUUCAUGGACCCGGCGGACGCGCUCCAGCGCGUCGCGCGCGCGCUCGUCGCGCGCGGCCGCCGCGUCGACCGGGCCUGGCUCGCGGACGUCUACGGCCGCCUCUGCGCCCGCCGGGCCUGCGGCGCCUUCCCCCUGGCGCCGCCGUUGACCCUCGCCGUGCCGCCCCUCGGGAGCGUCACGGUGGAGGCCUGGGACGAGCCCGCGGACGCCGUCGAGCGCUUCGCGCGGUCCGCGGCGGUCCGGGGCCACGCGGUGCCCCGGGGCAAGGCGUCGGAGAUGCUCGCGUGGUACUGCCGGCGGCGCAAGUGCCAGCGCCAGCGGCUCCACGGCGACCUCUACGCCGACGUCGCGCUGCGGCGCGGCAACGUGACCGCGCGCGUCGAGAGCUCCUACGCGGAGCCGCCCGAGGUCGCGGCGCUCCGGUUCCUGGAGCACCUCCGGACGGAGGGGUUCGACGACGACGAGGCGGCGGCGGCGGCGAACGUCGCGCUCGACGACCUCUGCGCGUCGCGGCCCGGCGCGUGCGGCGGGGGCCACGAGAAGCUGCUGAGUUUGGACGUCUGGUCCGCGUUCAACGACACCGUGGGCGCGUGCGAGUGCCCGCCGCUCUGGGAGCCCGCGGCCUGCGUCGAGAAAUUCCUGCGGCGGUCCGCGCGCGUCGGCUACAACGCGUCGCGCCGGGACAUGGACCGGUCCAUCGACAGCAUGAUGGCCUGGUUCUGCGCGCGGCGCGACUGCGGGCGGCCCGUCGCGCCGGCGGUGCGCCUCGCGCUGCCCGACGGGAGGGGCGUCACCGUGGACCCCUGGGCCGAGCCCCACAACGAGAUCAAGCGGCUGGCCCUCUCCGCGAGCGACGCGGGCGCGCCGCCGACGGAGCGGGACCUCGCGGAGCUCACGCUCUCCGUCUGCGAGAAGCGGCCCGGCUGGUGCGGCGCGCUGCCCGCGACGGUGGGCGUCGAGGUCCGGGGCGUCGGCAGCGCGACGUGCCGGCCCUGGGAGGACCCGGCGGAGGUCGUCGAGUCCUUCGCGUCCCAGGCCGUGGCCGCGGGGCUGCCCGUCACGGCGUCGCACCUCGCGGAGAGCCUGCGGAUGAUCUGCGGCGCGCGCCCCUGCGGCCGCACGAAGCUCAAGGUCACGGCCCUGCGCCUCUUCAUGCACCCGGGCAAGACCGCGGGCCGGGCCAUCGCCGCCGCGCUCGACGCCGUCGACGACAUCUACGUGCUCGGCCACGACGGCCGCUGCGACGGGUCGACGCGGCCGUGCCACGUCGUCCUCCGGGACCCCGUGGACCGCUUCGUCUCCGCGCUCGCCUACAAGCAGCAGGGCGGCGAGGCCCGCAUGGAGCGUCUGCUGGGCAACCGGUGCCACCACUACCUCCUGGGCAAGCGCAUCGGCGAGAUCCUGGACGACGUCCCGGGCCUCAACGGCCACUGCGAGUUCUUCGACGCGACGGCGUCGAACGCGACGCACUGCGUCUUCCGGCCCCUGACCUGGUGGGUCGACGGCCACGAGGCGAACAUCGACUUCCUCUGCUACGACAGCCUCGGCGACGAGUUCGGCGACAUCCUCCGGCCCUACUGCGGCGACGGCCACUGCCCGGAGCUCCCGCGGAAGAACCCGAGCGACCACUCCAAGGUCCUCGGCCCGGACGGCGACCGCCACCUGCCCGCGCUCCGGCGCUUCGUCGAGUCCUACUACGCCGACGACGUCGCGCUCUACCGGCGCCACUGCCCGCGGUCGCGGGCGGCGGCGGCCAACGCGUCCGCGGGGAGCGUCAAGCCCCAGCGGGCGGGCGACAGUAUCCGCGGCAAGACCGUGAGCAUGGUGGAGAAUCACCUGAACAAGCAGCGGUCCGCCUACGACCAGUGGAUCGCGGAGCUGUGCCGCGACGCCGAGGAGAGCGCGAUGGAGCGCGACCGGCUCAAGGCCAAGCUCGCGGCGCUGCGCGAGGACCACAAGCGCAAGGUCAUCAUGAAGAUCGUCGGGCGUCUGGGGAACAUGCAGUACUACUGCGCCUGGAGCACGUGGUACAACGUCACCGUGAAGAUGCACCAGCAGAAGAUCGAGAAGACGAUCCGCGAACUCCGGUCCGAGCUCGAGUCGACGAAGAAGAAGACGGAGGACGUCGAGGCCGAGGCCCAGCGCCGCGCCGACGAGGCGGCGAAGAUGAGCCUGGGGGCGGCGUCCGAGUCGCAGCGCAAGCUCAUCCUGAAGAUCAUGACGAAGCUCACGCAGGGUUUGGCGCGCCUCGGCUGGAACCAGUGGGCGAAGCAGGCCUUCGGCCACAAGAUGCAGCAGCAGAAGAUGAAGAAGAUCAUCAAGCGGCUCUACAACGCCCAGCUCAACAAGGGCUUCAUCGCCUGGAAGACGAUCACGCAGAAGUGGAACCUCUUCGCGAAGCUCGAGCUCAAGGAGCGGCUCAUCAAGGAGCUCGCGGACCUGGAGCAGCGGGCCAAGGACUACAAGGUCGACGCGGAGAAGCGCCAGGAGGACGCCGCGGCCGCCGCCAUGGCGCGGGCCACGGGCGCCCAGAAGGACCUGCUCAUCAAGAUCAUGUCCAAGAUGUGCGGCAACUACAUGAUGAUGGGCUGGUCCGUCUGGAAGCUCCAGGCCGUGACCUUCAAGCACAACCAGCAGCUCCUCACGAAGAUCAUGAUGCGCCUCGUGAGAAUCAAGGAGCACAACGCCUUCAAGUACUGGCACAUCGUCGCGUUCAAGAUCAUCGCGGACAAGCACAAGCUCCGCGAGGCGCUCCUCGAGAGCCAGCGCGACAACCUCGCGGCGACGCUCAUGGAGCGCGCGGAGGAGCUCAAGAAGCUCCAGCAGGAGGCCGUCCAGCUCCUCCAGAUGUCGCAGCAGAACGCCGCGGCGACGGCGUCCGUCAUGGCCUGCAGCGACAAGUUCGCGGACCAGCUCCACCUCAUCCUCGACCCCAAGGCCCUCGACAAGAAGGACGCGCCGUCCUACGAGGCCAUGCUCCACGCCAUGGGCGAGGGCGGCGCGCCGCCGCCGGACUCCGCGCAGCCGCCGUCGGCCUGGGGCGCCGCGCCCGCGGCCGAGAACCCCUACGCGCCGCGGGCGAACACGGCGCCGGCCGUCAACCCCUACGCGCAGCCGCCGCCGGCGAACCCCAACGGCAUCCCCCAGAUGCCGCCGGGCCUCGCGCCGCUCGCGCCGACGCCGCCCUACGGCGCGUACGGCGCCGCGCCCAUGACGCCGUCCCUCGCGCCCCCCGUGGGCAGCCCGACGUCGCCGCCGGGCCUCGAGGGCUUCCAGCAGCGCUGCAGCCGCCGCGCGUCCUUCCUGCUGCCCGUCGUCGCGCUGCCGCUGGCGGCCUUCGCCGAGGGCGAGGAGGGCCGCUUGCUCGGCGAGGGCGCGGUCAGCGACGCCCCGGCGCCCUUCACGCAGCCGUUGCCGGAGCGCGCGAAGCGCGGCGUCUUCUCCUGCUUCGACAAGCGCGACGACGGCAAGUUCGUCGACGUCUGCAAGGAGCAGCGCAUCGAGGAGGCGAAGAACGCGCCGCCCGUCGUGCGCAACGUCGAGCGCGACGUGGACAUGGACAGCAUCCGCGCGGUCCAGGCGGAGAUCCGGUCGCGGCCGCGGCAGAUCAAGAACCGCGAGACGCCCGACUGGCUCAAGGGGACGCGCGACACGACGAACGACGCGCGGCCGCGCUUCGACGGGUCCUGA